GGCUUGGCCCGGAUCAUCGGCACAGCCCAGACCCCAUCCCUGAAGUUGUUGCGGGCAGAAACCGUUCAGAUUGUCUAUGCAUCGCUGCCGUGUAUCCGUCUCGGGGCGGGAAAUGCUUGUACAAAGCCCUCAUGGCCACUCAUAACCCCUCUGAAAGCGUUUGGAUUCCCCAGGGAGCAGCUGGUCUCUCUUGCAUCGCCAUUUCGACUCUUGCCCUGCCUCAGCCUCUCCUUCGCCAGCCCAGUCGACGGCGUCGACGACGACAGCCGCAUCAGCACCAGGCCGUAGCAGCAGCACAACAAUAAUCAUCGCAUCCAGCAGGCCGCAGCGGCAGGGGAGAGUGUCGCCGGAGAUAUCAGCAGCUGCUGUUGACUUGAUUACCGCCGUGACUGUCAUGCGACCUGACACUCAGUCUUAUCGCCGUCACGGUCGCCACCAUAGGAAAAACUCAGCUCAUCAUCGCGUUCAUCACCCAUCGCGGUCAUCAUCAUCAUUAACGCUCUCGUCACAACGUCAUCAUGCCUAACAAUUCAGACUACGAGUUGAGCAUCUACAGCAGAGAUUCUCGUACUCGUAGGCAUACUUUACGACCAUCGUCUGGCGGCGAACCUCCGCCUCCAGUCAGCGAUCUAUUUAGCUUGCCCUUGGAACUUCAUUACCUCAUCAUAGGUCAUCUGGAUCUCGAGAGUCUUUUACAGUUACGGAGGACAAGUCGUCUUUAUUAUUAUACGAUAACGCCCGAUCUUCUUCGCCAGCUGUUCGUCCGCAAUGGCCGUGCCUCUCUUAGCUUAGCCGCUUGUUGUCACGAGUGUCUGUGCAGUCCGGGACUCGAUCGUCUUGUCGUUGACUCGACCCUUGAGCCCUUCUCGUGGCGAUCUGUAUGUUUUCGCUGCUGGAGUAAUCGCAUCACCGUGGACUAUCACAUCAACCCAUGGCCUGUCAUACAAAUUGCAAAUGGCGAGGAUGGCUACAUAUGUCAUUUUUGUAAUUGGCCUGUUGUGAAUAACGGUCGCGAUGAUGGCGUCGACCGCCUCCAUGCUUCUUGUCGCUCUAGAAGGCGACUUGUUCUCCUGCUUUGGUUUGUUAUGGCCUUCUUGCAGUUCGGCAUUGGCGUACUGUGUGCUGUUUUGGCAUGGACACGUUACAAAGAGCAGGACAACAUCUUAAUCCCCUCGAGCAUUGAUUUCGCGCUGGCUAUGAUAUCUGUCGCUGUUUUCAUCUGCCGCAUUUGCACCAACAACGAAAAGAAAUAUUCUAGGCUUCUCUUUACAGAGCUGGUCCUAACCGUUUUGCGGAUACCCCCGGUUGCUUAUUCUGCUCGCUCUACGGUUGUGAUCAAGAACGAUGUUAGCCUGCUUCCAGAGGUCGGGUUUGGGGUUUUCUUAAUAAAUCUGUAAGUUAUCACAUCGUUCCUCCUGUUGCGGUGAUGACUCUGGCGUGCUCAUUGACUUGCUAGCAUCUUCCGAGUAUUGGAUUUCAUAGGCCAUGCUUUCCUCAAUGCCGGUUACGACCCACGGAGAUUCCUACAAAAGGGUUUAUCUCGAAGACGAAAAUUACUCUAUGGAAUCCUAACCUUUUUGGUAUAUUUUGCAUAUAUUCCUUUCUGAUGUCAUAUUAUAUUUGCAUAACGGGGAAGUAAAUACCGAGCCCGGCGCGAUUGCCAGACAUCUUGGUACAAAAGAUAAUGAUAACGCGAUCGUAUGCUUGAGUAUGGGUACUGACAUGAUGCACGAGACAUGGGUCCUGGAGGUGUAUCAGAAGUACUGGCAGGAUUGCUGCAUUGAGUCAACGAUCUCUCCUGCAGACAUUACGAUAUCUUCCAGUAUAGGAAUCCGUACAACUAUCAGUGCGAGGAUGAGGCUUUUAGGCAAUGAGCCAACCAAACCGACCACGAUCAUAUAUGCAUGACACCUGGUGUACGGAAGCGCAAGUCGAGAAAAUGUUAACUCAAGCAAUCGACGCGAGAGGCCCUCGCACCAAUUUGAUACCCUGACAACUUAACAAAGGAGUGACUUCGACGGCCAGAACUCUCGAAUAUCAUAUAAUGUAUAUAAAAAUAUUUAGGCUUGACAUAAAAGAACAAUGAAAUGAUCUUACUCAGCA